CCUGCCUCUGUAAGGGUGUCGAUUCUGAAGCUGGAACAUUGGAGCAAAAAAGAUACUGUAUUUAUAUACAUAAAACAACAUAAAAGAAACGGAUGUGCUUCAGAAAACGAAACGGCUACCGCCCUCCAGAUAAUUUUAAUGCAAAUAUUGAAAGGUCCACGGCCGACAGGGGGAUGACAUGCAUGUUUCCAGGCUGUUAACAACGUUCAGGAUUUUAAGACUAUUAGGCUGCGAGCUGUCAAGCCAUGAUGGACAUACUGUACACAGGCCCCAUCCCGGCAGAGCGCGAGUCUCCGAUGGCGCGGAGCGAGACGUCGUCCAGCAGGGCCCGGCCGGCGGCGGCACAGCGCCCCAACGCCUGCUGCUUCUGUUGGUGCUGCUGCUGUAGCUGCUCAUGUCUUACUGUUAGGAAUGAAGACGAGAACCGGGCGAGGAAGUCCCAGGAGACCAAGAUGGAGACCAUACCAAACUGUGAAGCUUGCACCAAACCAACGGUGGACGAGAUGCGGCUGUGGGCGCAGUCUUUCGACAAGCUGAUGAAGAACCCAGCCGGGCGGAAUGUCUUCAGGGAAUUCUUAAGGACUGAGUACAGUGAAGAGAACAUGCUCUUCUGGCUAGCCUGCGAGGACCUCAAAAAAGAAAUCAACAAGUCGGUCAUCGAGGAGAAGGCGCGCUUGAUCUACGAGGAUUACAUCUCAAUACUCUCACCCAAGGAGGUAAGUCUGGACUCCAGGGUGAGAGAGGUCAUCAAUAAGAAGAUGCAGGAGCCCACACCCCACACCUUUGAAGACGCCCAGCUUCAGAUCUACACCCUCAUGCACAGAGACUCCUAUCCCAGGUUCCUCAACUCCUCGAUAUACAGAAACCUUAUUCAGACGGGCUCUCGCUCGUCCUCCGAAUCAUAGGUCCCUUCGCUGUACACUCUGUCUCUCUCGCUCUCUCUCUCUCUCUCUCUCUCUGUCUCUCUCCAUUGCACAACCACUAAAGGAAAAAACUCCCCUCUUUUGGGGGAAUUUUUAUUAUCAUUUUGUUGGAUUUGUUUUUGUUAUCCCCACUCUGGAAUUACUGAAUCUGCACAGACUUAAACUGGAAGACACAGGGUCGUUAAUGGAAGACAUGCUUUUGUUCAGUCAUUCCACUGCUCAUGGCUACAGCUACUACAGUAUCUACUACUGAUUUACAAAUUCUUUUUUUGUAUUUUUUUAUUUUUUAGAAUAUGUGUAAAUACAUAUAUGUUAUUUUUCUCCUGAUGCUACAAAUUGAUGAGAGCCCAGAGAAACUCUGCAAUAAGACACUGGAGUCUGUUUUCAAAGUUCUACCCCUGGGCGCUGCUGGUUUAAUCUACUCUUGGUUAAUCUGACCUUUGACCUUUCCACUGUCUCUCUGCUGUGACUGGCUGUCUGAGGCAUGGGGUUGAGCGGUGGUAAAAGGGGAGGGGUGGGGCAAGAGCUUUCCCAGGUGCAAAAAAUAAAUAAGUGCUAGUGAAUUGCUAACAACUGCUAAUUGUGACAAAGAGCUAAGUAAAAUGAUGGCUGUAAUCAAAACAAGAUCCAUAGGUCUUAAUUAGACUGUCACACAAAAGCAUCUUUGAAGAGGUGGUAUUGAUGUUAUUUAUUUUCAUUUUGUUGACUGUGAUGUUCUUGUACAUAUAUAACAACUACCUGGAUCAUCCAACACAAGCCAAGCAAGUUGUGGGUUAUGAGAGAAUGCAUGGUUUCUUCUUCUGUUCUCCUUUAUUUGGAAUCCUGGAUCAUCAUGAGCAGACACGCAGACCAUCAUCAUCUAUGGCAUACUGCACUGUGAGUGAGUGUGUGUGUGUGUGUGUGUGAGAGAGAGAGAGAGAGUACUCUCUUCUUAGUCGGUCUUUAGUCAGUGACAUGGAAAAAAAUAUAUAUACACAUGAAAUGGUGGCAGACAUUUGGAGAAAACCUGCUGUUUCACUCAAGGAAGAGAAGAAUCAAUUCCUCUAUGUUUAAAAUAACUUUAAAUGUGAGUGCAUG